AAUUUGCUAUUUAAUUGCAAGAUCUCUCUUCUCUCCUCUCCUCUUCUAUUCUCUUCCCUUCCCUUCUCUUCUCUUCUCUUCUCAUCUCAGUCAUCAAGAGUGAGAGAGAAUGUCAAACACAACCAAAAAUGAUGAAACACAGCUCAAGGCACCAUUGUUAGAAGACAUAAGAAAGAGCACAGAAUUAGUAGAAAAAGAAGAUGGAGACAACCCUCGGCUGAGUAGCAGAGUUUGGGUGGAGACGAAGAUGCUAUGGCGGAUUGUGGGCCCCGCCAUUUUCAGCCGCAUGACGUCGUACACGAUGUUCGUCAUCACCCAGGCCUUCGCCGGCCACCUGGGUGACCUCGAGCUCGCCGCCAUGUCCAUCGCCUCCAACGUCAUCGUCGGCUUCGACUUCGGCCUCCUGUUAGGUAUGGCGAGCGCGCUGGAGACGCUAUGUGGGCAGGCGUACGGGGCGAAGAAGCACUACAUGCUGGGGAUCUACCUGCAGCGGUCGUGGAUCGUGCUUUUCGCGUGCUGCGUUGCGCUGCUGCCGCUCUUCUUCUACGCCACCCCGAUCCUGAAGGCGGUGGGGCAGCCGGACGAUGUGGCGGAGCUGUCGGGGACGGUGGCGCUGGUCUUCAUCCCGCUCCACUUCAGCUUCGCCAUGACGUUCCCGCUGCAGCGCUUCCUGCAGAGCCAGCUCAAGAACAUCGUCACUGCGUACGUGAACCUCGGUGCGUUUAUCGUGCACGUGCUCAUGAGCUACCUCCUCGUCUACCGCCUCGGCCUCGGCCUCGUGGCCACCGCCUUCACCCUCAACAUCUCGUGGUGGAUCACGGUGGUUGGUUUGUUCGUCUACGUUGUCGGUGGUGGAUGCCCCCAGACGUGGACCGGGUUCUCGACCCAAGCGUUCUGCGGUCUGUGGGAUUUCCUCAAGCUCUCGGCUUCUUCGGGUGUCAUGCUAUGUUUGGAGAAUUGGUACUACAGGAUUCUGAUUGUGAUGACUGGAAAUCUCAAGAACGCGACAAUUGCAGUGGAUGCAUUGUCUGUCUGCAUGAACAUCAAUGGCUGGGAAAUGAUGAUCCCUCUUUCAUUUUUUGCUGGAACCGGGGUAAGAGUGGCUAAUGAGCUAGGAGCAGGGAAUGGGAAAGGAGCCAAAUUUGCAACCAUAGUAUCAGUGUGUGAAUCAAUGGUGAUUGGAUUAAUAUUUUGGCUACUUAUAAUGCUAUUCCACAAUGAGAUUGCUCUCAUUUUCACAUCAAGCCCACCUGUCUUAGAAGCUGUCUCCCACCUCUCUCUUCUUUUAGCCUUCACAAUUCUUCUCAACAGUGUUCAACCAAUUCUCUCAGGGGUGGCCGUUGGAUCUGGAUGGCAAUCAUACGUGGCAUACAUCAACCUUGGGUGCUACUAUUUGGUGGGAGUUCCACUUGGAGUUUUGAUGGGAUGGGUAUUUGAUCAAGGAGUUAUGGGCAUUUGGGCUGGUAUGAUAUUCGGUGGAACUGCAGUUCAGACACUAAUACUUGCUAUUAUUACAAUAAGAUGUGACUGGGAAAAGGAGGCGGCUAAGGCAACUAUGCAUGUGAACAAGUGGUCAGAUUCAAGAAACACUGCAUAAACUGAUAAAGAGAUAGGGCCAACACCUAAUUUUUUUUGUAAUUUCUUCAAGUACUUACUAAAAUUGUAAUUUAAGUGACACCAGAAUUCAAGUUCAUAUAUAAUGGUGAUGUAUUGGAUUGGAUUUAAGGUUACAUUUUUUAUAAAGAUUUUGGUUUUUGCUUGUA